UUACUCAGCAAAUUUAGCUUCUAAGUAGCUAGAAAGAUAAACACUUGGACGUCGACGUCGCUCUUUGGUCUCCAAACCAAUCGGGCAAUGACAUAAUAUAAACAAAGUCGUUUCUUCUUUUGAUAAGAUAAGAUUUGACCAAGCGAGAAGUGGAAGCAACGUCAAAUAAAAGAUUCACUGAGUUUUGAACAAAGUCGUUAUUUUAUGAUCUGGAAUGUCAAACGAAGAUGACUUCAAUUUGUGAGAUAUUUUGUGGUGUUUUUCUGCUUCUAUAUAUUCUCCAACCGGCAUACUCCUUCUCAUCAAGGACAUUUGUUGGAAAGUAUUUCAUCAGCAACCAGGAACUUAAAACAAUUAAAGUUCAAGACUGGAUGGGAUGUUUGAAACAUUGUCAUGAGGAACCACUCUGUAUUUCUUACAACUUUGAUAAAGGUUUAAGUAAACGCUGUGUGCUUAACAAACAUGGGAUUGAGGAUUUUAUAUAUGCUGAUAGCGAUCUUGUAGAUGAUGCUGGUUGGAUCUUCCAUCAACUCAAGCCCGUUACCAAGAGAACYAACAAAUCCAGAAAUAUGAUYCCAUGUCAAUGCAAUUGCGGAUCGUCAAACCAGUGUUACCCUCCACCGCCAGGUUUGGGGGAUGUCCCUGAAAAAGCAGCUAGUUCUUGUAAAGAAAUCUUAGAACAGCGACGGCAAGCUCAAGACGGCGCUUAUUAUCUGCAAGCGAGCCCCUCAUAUAAGGUUUAUUGUCAAAUGACGCCUAUCUCUGACUGUGGCGAUGAGGGGGGCUGGACACUAGUGAUGAAGAUUAACGGAAGCAAAGGCACAUUCAGGUUCAGCGAACGUUACUGGAAAGAGCAAGAUGCUUACUAUCAGGAAAAAUAUGGAGGCGAUCUCAGUGAAAAAGAAACCAAACUCAAAACAUUUCAACUCACCAGUUUUGAUGAUAUGUGCUUGGGUAUGAAAACACUGAACGACAUCAAAUGGGUUAAAAUUGCAUUAAAAAGAGGACAACAAAACAUGGAGAUGUUCCCGAUAUUUCAAAAACCAUAUCAAUUCGGUUUUAAAGAGAUUUCGAAAGAAAAAUGGGAAGGUUUGGUUGAAUCUAAUUUAGAUGAUACCCAAACAGAUUCAGGUUCCAAUAUCAGAAACGACAAAGCGAAAGUUCGAAUAGGAAUAUUAGCCAGUAAAUCAUACAUAGGCUUUGGUACUGGAGGAGCUAUGGGUAACAUAUCAUGUGGAUAUGUACGUACAGAUACAAAACAAGUCCAACCGACAUUUGGGUACAUAUUGAUUCGUUAGACAAAACGAAAAAAAAAAUUCGAACUCUUGUCAUGAUUCCACUCCAAUAGCAUAUAUCAAUAUGUAAUAAUUUCUCUCACUUCAUCAUAUCAUGUAUAGAAUUUUUAGCUUAAAAGAUCAAAUAAUCCAAUUUAUAAAGAUAAAAAAUCAUGCAGUGCUGAUCAAAAAGCAGUGCGGUUUAAAAUUGUCAAAGUUUGUCAUUUCUUGUCAGUUAAUAUGGAAGAACAGGCAUUACUGCAAUCAUGGCUGUAACGUUCAUAUAGCAUCUGCUAUUUAUGUGGAGAAAAGUAAAACAGUCGCAAUAGAGCGGAUUUCGUAUGAGUGGGACACCGUUACCGCACGGUUACCGCACAGUUACCGGACCUGGCCUUCACAAUUUUGGGGAACCAAUGGGGCACUAGAAUUUGGUUACAGUACGAUUACGGUCACAGUACAGUACCGUCCGUUUCCCACUCAUACGAAAUCCGCUCUAAGUUUAGUGAUUACUGUUGACUGUCACGCGGAACUAAACCCGCGUUGGCUAUUCCCAAAGAGGCUUCGUCAACUGCGUUUGCGGCUCAUAGAGCGGAUUUCGUAUGAGUACGUGGGAAAUGGACGGUACUGUACUAUGACCGUAAUCAUACUGUAACAAAAUUAUAGUGCCCCAUAUGGUUCACAAAGAUUGUGCAGGCCAGGUCCGGUAACUGUGCGGUAGCCGUGCGGUAACGGUGUCCCACACGAAAUCCGCUCUACUGAUAUUUUGUAGAUAUCCAAGCCUUUGCGUCGACCACGCAACUCAGAUUCUCCUUAUCGGAAUGAAUGGAUGAAUAAAUAAACGAAUGAGAGCCAUUCACUAGUUUAGCCGUUUAGGAUAACAAAGUCGAGUAUUAAAAAGCUAAGAAAGUAGGGAGAUAUAUUUGUACGUAAAAGUUGUAAAAUGAAUAAACAUAGAUAUAUACCU